UGCAAGCAGUGCUGCAGAGGGAGAUGGUGCGAGAAUUCCUGGCCGAGUUCAUGAGCACAUAUGUCAUGAUGGUAUUUGGCCUUGGUUCCGUGGCUCACAUGGUUCUAGGAGAUAAAAAGUUCGGGAGCUAUCUCGGUGUCAACUUGGGUUUUGGCUUCGGAGUCGCCAUGGGAGUACACGUGGCAGGUGGCAUCUCUGGGGCCCAUAUGAAUGCAGCAGUGACUUUCUCCAACUGUGCGCUAGGCCGCAUGCCCUGGAAGAAGUUUCCUGUCUAUGUGCUGGGCCAAUUCCUGGGCUCCUUCUCAGCAGCUGCCUCUACCUAUUUACUCUUCUACAGGGCCAUUGACCAGUUCUCAGGUGGAGAGCUAUUGGUGACCGGUCCCACGUCCACUGCAAACAUUUUUGCCACCUACCUUCCCGAACACAUGACUCUGUGGUGGGGCUUCCUUGAUGAGGUGUUCUUGACGGGGAUGCUCCAGUUGUGUAUCUUCGCCAUCACGGAUAAAAGGAACAGUCCAGCACUUAAGGGGACUGAGGCUCUGGUGAUAGGUGUCCUUGUUUGUGUCAUUGGGAUAUCCCUAGGCAUGAACUCAGGAUAUGCUAUCAAUCCAUCCCGGGACCUGCCUCCCCGCUUCUUCACCUUCAUUGCUGGCUGGGGUCAACAAGUGUUCAGAGCCGGGGACAACUGGUGGUGGGUGCCAGUGGUGGCACCCCUUCUGGGUGCCUACUUAGGUGGCAUCGUGUACCUGGUCUUCAUUCACUCCAGCAUACCACGGGAUCCUCAGAGACUGGAAAAUUCUUUGACAGAAGACCACAAGAUAACUGUAUCGACCAAGGACCCUCCUGCCCCUGUCUCCAUGACCCCUGCUUCAACCCAACUUGCUCCACCCUUAAGUGGCUCCAUACCUCUAGAGCACUUCUAAAUAGAUUUUAUCUGUGACCACAGCCCUACAGCAAUAAACCACAUCUUGUCCCCA